GUUUUGCCUAUCGGGGUUAUCGAUAUUGCAUGCGUAGUUGUUUUAAAAACUUAGUUCGGCAACAGGUAAAUUUUAUUUAGGCGAAAAUAUGCCCGUGGUGGACAUCAAUGAGCUUGUGCUGCUGCAGAAACAACAGCAACAGGUGCGAAAUAUAUGUAUAUUGGCGCACGUGGAUCAUGGCAAGACAACGCUGGCGGAUUCCCUCGUGGCAAGCAAUGGCAUCAUUUCACAACGCAUGGCCGGCAAAUUGCGUUAUAUGGACAGUCGUCAGGAUGAGCAGGAGCGCGGCAUUACGAUGAAGAGCAGCAGCAUUUCGUUAUAUUAUCAAGACAACAGCAACAAGGACUUUCUGAUAAAUCUGAUAGAUUCACCAGGUCAUGUGGACUUCUCCAGUGAGGUCUCCACGGCUGUACGUCUAUGUGACGGCGCAAUAGUCGUUGUGGAUGUGGUUGAGGGCGUCGGGCCACAAACGCGCGCCUGUCUCAAACAAAUCUACGAGGAGCAGCUGAAGCCAGUUUUGCUGCUCAAUAAGUUGGAUCGUUUGAUCAUGGAGAAGCAAAUGACGCCGCUGGACGCGUAUUUUCAUUUGACCCAGGUGCUAGAGCAAGUGAAUGCUGUGCUGGGCAGCAUCUUCGCCUCCGAUGUGCUGGCCAAGGAAGAUUUGACGGAUAAGGAUAACUAUGAAUCGGCGCUGGAGAAUGUGGAUGAUUCCGAGCUGUAUUUCUCGCCAGCUGCCGGCAAUGUGGUCUUCUGCUCUGCCUACGAUGGCUGGGCCUUUGCUGUAUCCGAUUUUGCAGUCACCUAUGCGAAGCGACUGGAGAUUCCACGUGCUGAGCUGGAGCAAAAGCUUUGGGGCGACUUCUACUACAAUAGCAAAAAGAAAUGUGUUAUGGCCGGUGCCCAGGAGAAGGCCAAGAAGCCCAUGUUCGUGCAGUUUGUGCUGGAGAACAUCUGGAGUCUGUACGACAUCAUAGCGGUGCGCAAGGACAAGGAGAAGCUGCCGCUGAUAGCUGAGAAACUGGGUCUGAAGCUGGCCGCGCGGGAUCUGCGUCUGACCGAUGCCAAGCUGCAGAUCAAAACUGUGCUGGGCCAGUGGCUGCCCAUCGAUCGGAGCGUGCUCCAAAUGGUGGUGCGCCACGUGCCACCGCCGCACUGCAUCAGCGAGGAGCGGGCACAGCGCCUGCUCUAUCCAGCCAAUGUUGAGCUCAGCUCGCUGCCCGCUGAAACGCUGGCACUCAAGGAGAGCUUCAGGAGCUGCAAUGCGCAGAGCGAGAAUGUCAUCGCAUUUGUGUCCAAAAUGAUGCCCGUGGCGGUGGAGCAGCUGCCACAGAAUCGGCCCAAGCGUCUGACCGAUCAGGAGCUGCAGCAGCGUCGCGAUGAAGUGCGUCGGCGCAUCGAGGAGCGCAAGCAGCUGAGUGAGCAAGCACAACUGGAGCAGCUCACUGCGGGCGUGGAGCAGUUGAACACGCAGCCAGCUGCUGCAGAGGCAGAGGCAGCAACAGCAGCAGAGGCGGAGCCGGAGCCGGAGCGCAAGGCCUUUGAGUUUAUAGCAUUUGCGCGAGUCUUUAGCGGCACGCUGCGACGCGGCAUGCAGCUGUAUAAUCUAACGCCCAAGCACGAUCCCAGGCAGCCAACGCAUCGAGUGCUCGACCAGGCGCCCUAUGCCACUCAGGUGACGGUCGGAGAUCUGUACAUGUUCAUGGGCGGCGAGCUGCAGCUGCUGGAGGAGGUGCCGGCGGGCAACAUCGUUGGCAUUGGUGGCCUGGAGUCGCACAUAGUGAAGACAGCCACACUGAGCAGCACGCUGGACUGCACCUCGUUCAGCGAGCUGAGCAUCAUGGCUACGCCUAUACUGCGUGUUGCCAUUGAGCCAGUGCAGCCGCAGGACAUGCCGAAGCUGGUGAAGGGACUGAAGCUGCUCAACCAAGCGGAUGCCUGCGUCCAGGUCUCAGUGGCGCCAACGGGAGAGCACGUGAUAACUACCCUGGGUGAGGUGCACGUGGAGAAGUGUGUGCACGACCUGGAGCAGAGCUAUGCCAAGAUCAAGGUCAAUGUGUCCAAGCCCAUUGUUUCGUUCAGGGAAACUAUUGUGCCCGACGCAACUGUGGACAUGGUCAACGAGGCCAUAGUGAAGACAGCCGACGACAAGGACAUCAGCAAGAAGAUAGCCACGCAGCAGACUCUGAACAAGCUGGGCACGCUCAAGGUUAUAGCUCUGCCUCUGCCUGCCGCCGUUGUCCAGCUGCUGGAGCAGCAUGGCAAUGUCUUCAAGGAGCUGGCUGCUGCGCCACGUAAUGCUUUACUGUCGGAGAAGUUCUCAGCGCUCUUGGCCUCCAUUAGGAGUCAACUGGUCACUGCUUUCUCGGAGCUACAGCUACAUGGGCUCAGUUCCCUGUCGCCCGCGGAGCUGGUGCAGCGCAUCUGGGCGCUGGGUCCACGCAAUUGUGGCACAAAUAUUCUGCUCAAUCUUAGCGAUUACGAGCAGCCCGACUUCUGGUGCACACAAUCCAAAAGCGAUACAGACUUGACCGAUCCACGCCGAGAUUUCAAUAGCUCCUUGGUGAAUGGCUUCCAAUUGACAACGGGCGCGGGUCCGCUCUGUGAGGAGCCCAUGCAAGGCGUUUGCUUUGCGGUGCUCGAGUGGUCCGUUCAAUCCGAGGGCGAGGAUCUAAAUGCACGCGGCUUUGGACCCUUCUCGGGUCAAGUGUUGACCGCUGCCAAGGAAGUUUGUCGGCAGGCUUUUCAGAAUCAACCGCAGCGUCUGGUCACGCCCAUGUACAGCUGUAAUAUUGUGGUGGAUGCUGAAAUGUUGGGUAAAAUGUACGCUGUGAUUGGCAGGCGUCAUGGCAAAAUCCUAUCGGGCGACCUGACCCAGGGCAGCGGCAACUUCUCGGUGACCUGCCUGCUGCCGGUGAUCGAAUCGUUCAACUUUGCGCAGGAGAUACGCAAACAGACAUCUGGCUUGGCCUGUCCGCAGCUAAUGUUCAGCCACUGGGAGGUGAUUGAUAUUGAUCCCUUCUGGCUGCCCACAACCGAGGAGGAACUGAUGCACUUUGGCGAGAAGGCCGACUCAGCGAAUCGAGCGAAGCUCUACAUGGACAGUGUCCGCAGGCGCAAAGGACUCUUUGUGGACGAGAAGGUGGUGGAACAUGCCGAGAAACAACGCACACUCUCCAAGAAUAAAUAAACGCAAAGAAAACCCCGCAGAAGCAUCAUUAAUCAUUAACAAGAUGUGAGGAUAUUAGCCAGUUGACCUACGACAACAAAUACCUGCCACAUUUUGGAAAAUAAAAUUGAUAUAUUUUUGUAAUUAAGUUUUUAGAAAAAUUAAUUAAAUAAAUAUAUGAUUGCAGGUUAGUACUUAAACCUGUCAAAAAUUAAA